UUGUAGGCCAUCAUGGCUGUUUUUCUACUCCUUGACGUCUUCGCGAUGCUUGCCAAGAUGCGUUAUCCUUCGCUGAGCCGGAGUUGUGUCGCCUCGACCGAAUCGUGCUCGCUGCCGACGAUACGCAUACGGCAUCGUUAAAAUGUGGGAGAAUCUGUUCUCCCAGGGAGGAGGCCCAGGUCUUCCUCAGGACCCUUUCCUGCCGCAAGAACUCCCAGAAGGGCCGGUUUUCCUCGACACCCAGGCCUGUCUUUGUGCCCUGCGCGGGCCGGAGAUCUUGGACAGCGACAACGCAUCGUGGCAAUGUAUCGGGAAUCAGACGCAGGGCGUGUAUACGGUGACGACUGGGAAAUGGUUCAAUGCUUUACACAGCGGCAGCAAAGAAGGCCUCCCCAUGUGGGAUGCGUCGAACAGCCCAGACACCAGCAGAACUCUCAAGUGGGAUCCGGGCCUUGGCUCUCUGGUUGAUUAUACGCCUAGCCAGCUCAGCGUCUGGGAUCAGGCGUGCACCGGAAAGAACCACACGGCAUUCUCGACAUCGUAUUACAGGGCGGCGGAAGCGAUCGUAGCCGAAGAGCCUCCCGUGGAUGCUGCUCCCUGUUGGAGGCCCGGUGCGGUCCCGAUGCAGAUCCAGAGUGUCACGAGCUGGCAAGUCAAGGGAUGUAGCGACGGUUUUUUUUGUGCUAAUAACACGGUGAACUCGUUGCCCCAAUUUUGCCCUCCCAUUACAGAGUGUCAAAUAGCGAGGCUGGGCGGCUUCGCCUGCACCUUCGAAGGCAGGAACAUCGGGAUGGGUCCCUUUGAGCCUGUCGUCUGCCAGCAAGGGUUCUAUUGUCCGACCUCGUCCGGCGGUACAGAGAUGAUCCCGUGCCCGGCCGGCACGUAUUGUCAGCCCGGAGCUCCGACUCCAACUCCGUGCAGUAUCGGAAGCCUUUGCCCCGAGGAAUCGACAUUCGAGCGCUUCUUAAUACCGGUCUUCGUUCUGGCCAGCGUCGACAUUAUUUUCGCGGCCGGGCUGAUCUGGUAUGGCCUUCGCAAACGCUUCUGGAGAACCCGCAUGAAAUCGACCGUCGAUAAGCGUAAAUCUAGGGUUACAUUCAUGGGUAAUAUCUCAGGCUAUAAACAGAUAUCCCCGGAGUCUGACCGCGAGAUGCUCCCCAUGCAGGCUACCUAUAUGCCUAGUGCAGAUGGGUGGACUGGUUUUGAGGCGGUACUCGACUUCCCGGGCCUGGGAGGCUCGACGAUAGAGGAUAGGGAGAGCGGCUUCUCGCCGCAGCUUCGGGCGUUCGUCGAAUCCAUGCGAAAAACAACCGAUGCUGCUCAUUUUGGUUUAUCGUUCGCCUAUACCGACCUUGGCUUCCAUCCUAAGGGCAUGGCAAAACCGAUCCUACAAAACGUGUCGGGGUCUAUCGAUCGCGGGUCUCUAACCGCGGUUAUGGGCGGCUCCGGUGCCGGGAAGAGCACAUUCGUCAACGUGCUCAUGGGAAAGGCGACAAGCACCAGCGGUACAGUUAUGAUUAAUAACGUACCCGGGAAGAUUAACAAAUACAAGAAGCUCAUCGGUUACGUGCCGCAAGAUGAUGUAGUGCUCCCCGAGUUAACUGUAUACGAAAACAUUCUCCAUUCGGCUAGAAUACGCCUGCCGCGGGCAUGGAAGGACAGCGAAAUACAGGCACACGUUACCUCGGUCAUCGACUGCCUGGAAUUGUCUCACGUGCGGGACUCUCUGGUGGGCAGUGUAGGGAAGCCGACCAUCAGCGGCGGUCAGAGGAAGCGGGUGAGCAUCGGGAUGGAACUCGCCGCAGCACCUAUGGCUAUUUUCCUCGACGAACCUACUAGCGGCCUAGAUGCCACCGCUGCGUCGUCUAUUAUGCGAACACUCAAGGCGAUUGCGCGACUAGGUAUCUCGGUCAUCGUCAUUAUCCAUCAGCCACGGAUGGAGAUCUUUGAGAUGCUCGACGACCUGGUCCUGCUGGCCAACGGGGAGAUCAUCUACGAGGGGCCCGCAGACAACGUACAGCAGUUCUUCGAAAACAUCGGCUUCAGCUUCCCCCAGCACAGCAACUUCGGCGACGUCGUAACCGAUAUCAUCACUGGCAACGGCCGCGCCUACAAGAGGCUCGGCGACAUCUCCAAGGAAGCGCUCAUCGCCAACUGGGCCCAAUCCCGCCAGAACGCCACCAUUCGGGAAAAGUACGCCUCGAUGCUGUCCUCGCGCACCUCCAUCGCGGAGAACAACUCGAUGCACCGGGAACUGCUACGGAUACGUGGCGCGCCGCACUGGAAGCAGUUUUGGCUCUGCCUAAAGCGUGCCAUGCUCCAGCAGUGGCGCGCCAAGUCGGCUUUCUGCUUCGAGAUGGGCCUGGCGUCGCUAGCGGGAACACUCCUCGGUCUGGCCGAGCACUCCAAGAAGGGCGUGCUGUUCACCGGCAUCUACAACGAGCCGUACGACGUCUUGUCGCUCGCGACGGAUUUCAAGUCGGUACCGGAGCUGUCACUACUGAUGGCCAUCGCUAUCGGUCUUGUGUCGGCAGCACCGGGGGUCCGGGUCUUCUCGGAGGAGCUACUACUGUACCGGCGGGAGUCGGAGGCAGGCCACUCGAGGGCGGCGUACUACCUGGCCAAGGCGGUCUCGGUAGUGCCGCGGAUGGCGGUGGGGUGCAUGCACUUCUCGACGCUGACCCUGCUGCUGGCGGUGCCGAUCAUCCCGUGGGGCACGGCCUUCUUCGCGAACCUGGCGUACUUCUACUGCAUCUACGGGCUGGCGAGCUGCGUGAGCAUGCUGGUGCGGCGGGAGGACGCGCCGCUGCUCGCGACGAUGAUCUCGCUGAUCGUCGGGAUCCUGUCGGGGGCGGCGCCGCCGCUGUCGAGCGUGCAGGGGUGGCACGUGGAGUGGCUGUGGCGGGCGUCGCCGGGCACGUGGCUCGCGGAGCUCUACUUCGGCCAGAUGGUCGAGCCGCUGCGCUACCUGUACGACGUCGAUCUGACGGCACAGAUCCUCGGCUUCCGCCUCGACGGGCACUGGCGCAACAUGCUAUUCCUGUUCGUCAUCGGCACCGUGUACCGCCUCAUCGCGUACGCAGGCUUGCUCGUCGGGAACCGGUUGCGUAUCUAACAGAGCUCUCUCUAUAUAUAUAACUAUCCGAGUAUACUAGACGCAUAGGGCCGCAUAGAGCUACAUGGAUAGAAACGGCAUGGAUGGGGAUCUGGCGU